AUGGAAGCCGCGCAGACGAAAGCCCAGCAGUUGAUCGACGACAAUGCCGUCAUGAUCUUCAGCAAGUCGUACUGCCCUUACUGUAACAAUGCCAAGGGUGUCUUCAACAGCCGGGACGCCAAGUACAAGGCGAUUGAGCUCAACCAGAUAGACGACGGCGACGACAUCCAGAGCGCUCUGCACAAGAUGACGGGCCAGCGUACCGUCCCCAACAUCUUCAUCGGUGGCGCUCACAUCGGCGGUAGCUCGGAUCUCGAUGCGGUCGUCAAAAACGGCAAGAACGGCAAGACGCUCGAGGAGCUGUUGAAGGAGGCUGGUGCUUUGUAA